AUGCGCACCCCGGAUCCCGGUUGUGCAGGUUUUGACGUGAAAGGAUACCAUCUGUCCUUGGACGUAUCUCGCAAAGAGAAGGUAAGGGCUGCUGUGCGACCUCUGCGCCGGUUCCGAGAGAGCGAUGACACAGGCGCAGUCUCCUUUACGGUGCAAUACCGUCCCUACCAACUGUAUCCCGAGGCCUCCAAAGAAGGCGAGGAUAAGUAUGAGUGGUACAAGAAAAGCCGCUAUGCCGACUCGGAAGAGAAAAUGAAAAUGUACACCACACUGAUGUCGGCCUACGGGGUCAGUGCGGGCAUCAACUACAAGUUCGGAGGCAUCGUGGCCAAUACGAUGGACGCGCACCGAACUAUCCAGCACUUUCAGGAAGAGAAGGGACCUGAGACCGCAGACAAGCUUAUCAACUCGCUGUACUCGCAAUACUUUGAGAACGAGAGGCAUCCGUCCUCCCAUGAGACACUUCUGCGGGCUACUAAUGAUGCAGGGAUACCAGAAGCAGAGGCAAAGCCGUUUAUUGAAGACCCAGAUGAGGGCCUAAUGGACGUCAAAAUGGCGGUCCGAGAGCAAGCGGGCAAUGGCAUCGACAGCGUCCCUUACGUGGUGAUUGAGGGCAAGCGACGGGACUUGACCCUUGUUGGGGCGAAGGAAGUUGAGGAGUACGAGAAGGCGCUGGCCACCAUUGUCAAGGAGAGCAAGUAG